UGCAAAUUACGGUUGAAAGUCUUUAGGGUUACAAAGUAGUUUCUUCUUCCCAAAGUCUUUGGGGCUUAUUAAAUUAUUUUUCUCUUUUCAAAAGUUUUAUGGGAUUUUGUAGCAAGAAAGAAGACAAUGUUUCAGAAACUCACCUUCUUUCUAACUGUUCUUCUCAUUCCAUGUUUUCUCAUCUUUAGCCCUUCUUCUGCCCUUAAGGAAGGAGAAACAUGCAUCGUGAGCAAGAAUUGUGAUCCAGGACUUCACUGUGAAUCAUGUCUCUCAAGCGAUAAUUUCCGACCUAGAUGCUCCCGAAUGCAAACCGUUAACCCCACCUCUAAGGUGAAAGGGUUGCCUUACAACAAAUACACAUGGUUGAUGACACACAAUUCAUAUGCUCGAAUAGGUGCAAAAUCAGCCACAGGGUCUAUGAUUCUUGCUCCUUCCAACCAACAAGAUUCAAUCACAAGCCAACUUAUUAAUGGUGUUAGAGGUUUUAUGCUUGACAUGUACGACUUCCAAAACGAUAUAUGGCUUUGCCAUUCUUACGGCGGAAAUUGCUUCAAUUACACGGCCUUCCAACCGGCGCUUAACAUUUUACGCGAGUUUCAAGUGUUUUUAGACAAGAACAAGGAUGUGAUUGUGACGCUUAUCAUCGAGGACUACGUGAAAUCUCCCAAUGGUUUAGGCAGACUGUUUGAUGCAUCCGGCUUGCGAAAUUUCUGGUUUCCGGUAGCAAGUAUGCCUAAGAACGGAGAAGAUUGGCCUACCAUCGAUGAAAUGGUAACUAAGAACCAACGGUUGCUGGUUUUUACGUCAAAUCCUCAAAAGGAAGCUACUGAAGGAAUCGCAUUUUUAUGGAAAUACAUGGUAGAGAAUCAAUAUGGAGAUGGAGGCAUGAGGCCUGGAGUAUGUACCAAUAGACCAGAGUCAGCUGGUAUGGGAGAUACAUCGAGAUCACUAGUUCUUGUAAACUAUUUUCCGGACACUGCGAAUUUGAUGGGAUCUUGUAAACAGAACUCUGCUCCUCUUCUUGACACCAUCAUGAAAUGUCAAGAAGCCUCGGGACAACGCUGGCCUAACUUCAUUGCAGUUGAUUUCUACAAGAAAAGCGAUGGUGGAGGAGCUCCAAAAGCAGUAGAUGUUGCAAACGGCCGUUCACUUUGCGGCUGUGACGACAUAGCCGCUUGUAAGGAGAACAUGCCGUAUGGGACGUGUGAGAAACGUGAAGAAGAGCCGAGCAAACUUGAUUCGAAACUCAUGAUGAUUGCUAAACUUACAGCCGAUGCUACCAAACCGACCCAACUUGGGCUUUCUGUGUUUGUUGUAACCUUUGUCUCACUUCUCUCAUUUUUUUGACAUUGAUGGUUACGUUUUAUACUAACUAAUAUAUGUUCCGGUUUCGGUUCGCAAAGAAUCAAACCCGAUUAAACUCGGUACCAAGUCAAAACUUAUUUUACUUGUAAUGAUACACACACAUUGCAUUUAUUCAGCAAAUCACAUUUGCAAUAUAAAAAUAAACAUUAAUAUCCA